AUGGGCUGUCUCGGCAACAGCAAGACGGAAGACCAACGCAACGAAGAGAAGGCCCAGAGGGAAGCCAACAAGAAGAUUGACAAGCAGCUUCAGAAAGACAAACAGCUAUAUCGCGCCACUCACCGUCUCUUACUUCUAGGGGCUGGUGAAUCCGGAAAGAGCACGAUAGUCAAGCAGAUGCGAAUAUUGCACGUCAAUGGCUUCAACGCAGAGGGAGGGGUUGAGGAGGCGGCGUCAGCUAAAAGUUGGGGGGAGGGAGAGAAAAAGCAGAAAAUCCACGAUAUCAAAAACAACAUUAAAGAGGCUAUAGAGACCAUAGUGUCCGCCAUGAGUACACUUACGCCACCGUGCCAGCUAGCCUGCCCUGCUAACCAGCCACGAAUCGACUACGUCCUCCACCAAAUGAACCAGAAGGAUUUCGAGUUUCCAUCGGAGUUUUACGACCACUCAAAGAUCCUCUGGCAGGAUGAUGGCGUGAGAGCCUGCUGGGAAAGGUCCAAUGAAUAUCAGCUCAUCGACUGUGCGCAGUACUUCCUAGAUCGGGUGGAUGUGGUACGACAACACGAUUACACGCCAACUGACCAGGACCUGCUGAGAUGCAGAGUUCUGACCUCCGGCAUCUUCGAGACAAGAUUUCAAAUAGACAAAGUCAAUUUUCAUAUGUUCGACGUGGGAGGUCAGAGGGAUGAACGUCGAAAAUGGAUCCAGUGUUUUAACGAUGUGACGGCUAUCAUUUUUGUGGUGGCGAGUAGCAGCUACAACAUGGUGAUCAGAGAGGACAAUCAGACAAACAGACUGCAGGAGGCCCUCAAUCUUUUCAAGAAUAUUUGGAACAACAGGUGGCUACGGACGAUCUCCGUCAUCCUCUUCCUGAACAAACAGGACCUCCUCGCUGAGAAGGUCUUGGCUGGGAAGUCUAAAAUAGAGGACUAUUUUCCAGAGUUUGCGCGAUACACGACGCCUGACGAUGCAAUGCAGGAGCCAGGCGAAGAUCCGCGCGUCACCAGGGCAAAGUAUUUCAUACGGGACGAGUUUCUGAGGAUCAGCACAGCCAGCGGGGACGGCCGCCAUUACUGUUACCCCCACUUCACCUGCGCCGUGGACACGGAAAACAUCCGCCGCGUCUUCAGCGACUGUCGCGACAUCAUCCAGCGGAUGCACCUCCGGCAGUACGAGCUCUUGUGA